CUCAGCACUCUGAGAGAUGGCAGAGGCUUGUAUUCUCAAACUGUUAUUUUGCCAAGAUAUCAACAAUGUUUAUCACUAUCAAAUUGUUCUUCUUAUUUGUAAUUUUUGCAGGUUACGAUAAUGGUGUUGAAAGUUGACCUACAGUGCUCUAAGUGUUACAGGAAAGUGAAGAAAGUUCUUUGUAAAUUUUCCGGUAAGUUUCUCUCUGUGUAAUUCGUUCUUUAUAGUAUUAUACGCUUGAUUAUCAAGCGGGAAUGGGUAGAGAUACAAGACCAAGUUUACGACGAGAAGCAAAACACAGUGACGAUAAAAGUGGUGAGCUGUUGUCCUAAAAGAUUGAUGCAAAAGAUACGCUGCAAAGGUGGAAAAUCAAUCAAGAGUAUCGAAAUCAAGCCACCUGCAAAGCCUGAGAAGAAGAAGGAACCAGAAAAGGAAAAGUCCAAGGAGGCCGAGCAGAAGAGUGAACCUGUGAAGGAAAAGCCUAAGGAGACUGAGAAGAAGAAAGAUGCCGACAAGCCUAAAGAGAAGAAAGAGGCAGAGAAGAAGACAGAAGAUCCCAAACCAACAAAGCCAAAAGUUGAUAUCGUCGACCCACUACCGAAACAGAAGCCGGCACCAACCCCCAAUGCUCUUGAACCAGAACUUGGUUACCCACCUGGCUACCUGAAUUACCCAUUUGGGGUGUGUUGCAGCGAGUGUUAUUGGGGGCAUGGAGGGGGACCAUGUCAACAUCUUGGUUAUGGAAGACCUAUAUGGUAUGAUGGUUAUUACGGACAACCAGUUUAUGACAGCUGGGGCGGCGGUGGCGGUGGUUGUAGUAUAGGUAAUUACGGGAGUCGUAGGGGAUUACUUCUCUGAAGAAAAUCCUUCAAUUUGCUCAGUUAUGUGACUGGAUUAAUGCUUGAUAUAUUCAUUGCUA